UAUGGAUUAUUCGGGCGAAGGUGGAAUGGUGUUGAUUCCGACUCGAUUUGUGUGGCGUUAUGGGGGGAGAAUCGUGUGUAUUAGUGGAUCUUUUACCGGGUGGACACAGUGGCCAAUGACCCCGGUUGAGGGGUGUCCUACUUCUGCCAAUAGUAACAUUGGAACCGUUAACACCAUCCACUUAACUACAGAAGCUAAUUACCUUACUCCAAUGCUGAGCCCACGAGCUCCUCCCUCUGGUCAUGGUUCAAGCAUGGAUGUCGAUAAUGAGGGCUUCCAACGUGUGGUUCGGUCGUCAGAUAGAACAUCUCCUGAGCCCUUCUCGACAGUAUCAGAGGGUGAUGUAGAUGUUUCCCGACAUCGUAUAGCUGUAUUCUUAUCAGCUCACAAGGCAUAUGAGUUGCUCCCUGAAUCUGGGAAGGUUAUUGCUUUGGAUGUUGAACUCCCGGUAAAGCAAGCAUUUCAUAUAUUGCAUGAACAGGGGAUCUCUAUGGCGCCAUUGUGGGACUUCUCAAAUGGGAAAUUUGUUGGAGUUCUUAGUGCAAUGGAUUUUAUCUUGAUUAUGAGAGAGCUUGGCAGGAAUGGGUCAAAUUUGACAGAGGAAGAGCUUGAGACACAUACCAUAUCUGCUUGGAAAGAGGCAAAGUCUUAUCUGAAUAAUCAAAUUAAUGGGCAAGGAGCAAUAGUUCCAAGACAACUUGUACAAGCUGGGCCAGAUGACUCUUUGAAUGAAGUUGCUUUGAAGAUUUUGCAAAGUGGUGUAGCAACAGUUCCCAUAAUUCAUUCUCCUUCGGCAGAUUCCCCGAACAAAAAUCUAUUACAUCUUGCUUCACUUUCCGGGAUACUAAAGUGUAUAUGCCGGUUUUUUAGGCAUUCGCCUGGUUCACUACCGGUGCUUCAGUUGCCAAUUUGUUCAAUUCCUUUGGGCACUUGGGUUCCUAAGAUUGGAGAGCCAAAUCACAGGCCAUUGGCAAUGUUGAGACCCAGUGCUUCUCUUAGUGCAGCCUUAAAUUUAUUAAUUCAAGCACAAGUCAGUUCAAUCCCUAUCGUCGAUGAUAAUGACUCGUUAUUGGAUGUAUAUUCUCGAAGUGACAUAACUAGUUUGGCUCGAGACAAAAUCUAUACACACAUUAAUCUCGAAGAAACUACUAUUCAUCAGGCAUUGCAGUACAGAGAUGACCCAUUUUCAGCAUUUGGCUCCAACGUUCAAAGAUGUUUUAUGUGUUUACGUACCGAUCCUCUCCAUAAAGUCUUGGAAAGGCUAUCCCAGCCAGGAGUGAGGCGUCUUGUUGUGGUCGAAGCUGGAAGCAAGCAUGUAGAAGGUAUCGUUUCGUUGAGCGACGCCUUCCGAUUUCUCAUGGGCCGUUGAGCAAAUGCAACGGUGUAUACAGUGGAUGGUUCCGGUCUCAUUCUUGGCCCGGUUUUAAGUUAGUAGGCUGAAAAGAUGGGAAAUGUACGUGAAUGACAUGUAUAUCUCGUUGCUCAAUGUCUCUAGCAUCUCAAUUUUUUCUAGAAA